AUAUAUAUAUAUAUAUAUAAUUUUAAAACCUUAAUUUAUGUUUAAGAUGAUGCGAAGCCACACUUGCAAUUUCGAAAUAUGGUCUGUCUAGAAAUAAUUAAUGCAUGCUGGCUCUCCGAGCUAAAAUGUUUAUAAGUAGACAAAAUUGGAACCGCGCAAAGUAAAAGUACAUAUUGGUAGAAUUGUAAUAAUUUAAGUUAUUGACUAAAAACAAAGCACUAUAAAUUACUUUGUUGGAAAAUUAUAUUUAAGACAUUAUCAGUUUUUUGCACUUAAUUUUUCUCUUCUGGACAUUUUGUCUCUAGUCAUUUGCAUUAAUUGGAAACAAAAAUAUAAUAAUAGUAAUUUUUCAGUGAUUUUUUUUUUAACGUGUACUGUACAUAAGUUAUUUUCAUGUUGGUUGUUUCUUUCUGUGUGCAUUUCAAAAUGGUUUUUUUCUUAGGGCACAUUUUGUGAUAACACAAAUGCAAUAUGUUUCAUGUAUAUAAAUAGUUUACUCUUGUUGGAUCUUUCUUCUCGAGAAUUUGGUUAAUUUUUAUUGAACAAAAUUUCAGAUUAGGUCUGUUUAUGUGAUAGUGGUGCCUUUUUCCAUUUACGUCACUUUAUAGAUACCACACAUUGUCCUGCCAAACAAAUUUUUUUUUCCGUUAUUGUAUUAAAACAUACUUCUUGUUAACCUUGAUAAGUUUUGUUCAUUUGAAUAUCACUGCCUUCCUUUUUAUUAUUGUUAUUACUAUUACUACAAUUAGUUGCAUGAUUAUAUUGAAAUUGUCCCCUCGAGGAUUUGAAAUUUAUGGCCGUAUUGACUGUCAUCAUCGGCUUUUUGUUUUAUUAUUUUUAAUUUCAAGUAACUAGUAGAACUUUUUAGAUGUGCAAUCAAAUAACAUUCAUUAUCUGCUUCACUUGCACACAAGCAUUACAUCAAACUUGUUCGGAAGCAAAUCUGCAUAAAUUGUGUCUGGAGGCAAACCAGAAUACUUUGCGUGUUUAACUUGCAAAGUCAUUAUUUAUCAUCAAUAUCUGGACGUUUUUUAGUCCUCAUCCAGUAGACAGCGAUAGCUCAUUUAGUGCUUUGUAAUGUCUUCGUGAUAUGCCGUUUGUCACAUUUUGUAGUAUUUAAACGUUUUUGGUGUAAAAGAUAAACUUAGUGGAUAGUCUAAUAAUAUAAUAAUAAUAAUAGUUUCCUAUAUAAUAAAAUGAAAAUUUUAAUUCCAUAUUUACAGUGCAAUUUCCAGUAGUGUAAAAAUUAGAGCGAUUUUCUGGAUGAAUGUUUAUAAACAUGUGAUCGGUUACCCAUUUGUUUCCUUAAGGGAACUCAUUUUUUGAGAUAUUAUUAUUAAUAAUUCAUAAAAGUUACUCUUCUUUUUUGGCAGUUGUUUGUAAGGAAUAAAUGCUUGAGAUGCAUAAUGGUUCCUCAUUUAAGAUUUCUAGUCACAUAUUUUGUGGCGAGUCAACUCAGGUUUUUGCCUGCGUAAUUGCUAGGCUUUGUUUUUCACUCGUGAUCAGUUUGGAAAACGUGCGAGGAACGACUCGUGAUUUUUUUCCUACAUGUUAGAAAUAUUCGAAUGUUUCUAUGAAUGUAUGUGCGCGUGAAAUGACUAUUUAAUAAUUCAACAUUAUUCUAUCCUAACUUAGGCUAAUAAAUGUUAAAUCGUCCUUAAAGUUAAAGUUUUUAUCUCGGUGUUCUGGUUUCGGUCUCGGAUUUCGCACUCCUCUUCUCGGUACAAAGUUUCGACGGUUAUUUUUGUAAGUUCUAUAUCAAAAUUCUUUAUCCUGCAGUAAAUGAAAAAAAUUAUCAAGUAGUGUAGAUAUUCCAAGUGCAAUUGAUUAUUGGAAAGGAGAUAGAAUUUAUUGAUUAUCAAUGAGAUAGUUGGAACCAUCUAUGCUAUCCACCGAGACAUGACAAAAGGAUUAGGAAUUUUACCUCUUUAUCCACAAUAUAUCUAACAUAUUAAUUUAUUUUUUAAAUAUUAAUUUUUAGAUCAUUAAUAUGCAAUUUUUACUAAUGGUUAAAUUAACGUGACCCAUUCUGUAAGGCUCGGCAAAAUGUCCAGAGCAUCGCUCGUCUGCUCCAAGGAACGGUUAAACAGCAUACUUAGAAAGAAUGUAAAAUGUGGUAGAUUGUUAGAUUAAUAAACCACUGUGCAAUGUUUAAUUUUUCCCCCUCCCCUUAAGAAGGCCACUUCACUCUUGUGCCACCUUAUAAGUAUUUUGAAUGAAUUUAAUAUUAUUUAACUUUUACUGUUCAUCUCUUCUGGUAUGUAUAUCUGAUGACAAUAAAAAUAUUUAUAUGGUGUUGAUUUGUUUGAUUUCAGAACAGCACUCUGAGGUAUCGCGGAAGAUUAAGCAAUUUUGCAUCCUCAAUGGUCCGAACUUUGCCACAGGCAGACAGAAAUUACAUAAUUAUGUCCAAGAUCCACAUUAUUUUAAAAUUAAAUUAACUUAAUGGUUUAUAAAUCUAAUCAGAAGGAAUACACGAAUAAAUCUAAAUUAUAUUAUUUAAUUUUUUAAAAAAUAUUUUCUAACAUGAUUUCAGGCAUCUUUCCAUAAUUACAUUCACUAAGAUGCCAAAAAUAGUUUUGUGAAGAGAAUAUAAUUCAACAUUUUGAAAGCAAGAGGACCUUUUAAAGCAAUAUAUUUUAUUUGAACUAAAUUUAAGUAAAUUAAAAAUUGAUUUUUUAAAUAUAUUCACGAAUUGUUAUCUCAGCUUUUAACCUUUUACCCCAUAGAAAACUGAUCUUUCCGUAAACAUUAAAAAUUUGGCAGCAAACUGAUCUUUUGUUUUUACUUAACAGAUCAGAGGGAAAAUCGAUGACGUCGACGGACGUGAUCGCUACCUUAGCGCUUUUUUCCCCUCUUCUUUCCAGAGAAUGCUGCAAGUUGAAAAAUAUUUUUCGUGAGCUACAACACUUGACUUUCAGCCUUUUUUUAGAGCAAAAAAAAAAGUAAAACGAUUAUCCAGCAUACGUAUACACUCCCGGGAAAAGAAACGAAUUGUAUCGAUCAAAGAAGAGAAAAAAUUCAAUAAUGUUUCGUAAUAUACCAGAAAACUUCUUAACAGUCAGAAUAUCGGAAUCGAAAUUUUCGUGAACACCAUCCGACUUUUUUAUAUCCCAUGCGAGAAGAGAGAAACCGCUUCGUGAUUGCUAAAAACGAGGAAGGAGCAGAGAGAGAUUCGAAAAGCACGGCCGCGGGUCACUCGUACCUCUUUUCCUCCUCCUCGUUUAGCAUUUUAAAUCUCGACAUUGUUUCCAAAAAUAUACCAAGCCGUAAAAUAAAACCGCUAUUUUACAGUAGGAGACGUUCUCCCGCAUCCAAAAAGCCUCCUCCCCAUUUUAAGAUCUUUCUAUUUUAAGGUAGCAUCUCGCAUUAGGGAUGUUUCCCCCACUACGUCACAGUUUAUCUCUAAAAGUUUCCUUCUACGGGAUAUUUUUUUUCUCUCGUCGUUAAAUAUUUGUUUGCAGAUAAAACAAACGUAACGUUUUUCGAGACGAAGAGAGUUAUAUAAGACGACGUCUUCGCUCGGAAGAUAAUUUUCAGAUCGAAAUUCGAAUUGGCAUUCUCACUUUCCAUGUCCGUUAUGACGCCAUCGAACACUGCGCACGUCUGGUGCGUUGGCGUCGAGCGUACGCCAGGCUCGUGAGGUGAGAGGAUACUUCGUUUGGCAGGGAUGUGCACUGCUAGUCAUUUUCAUCCAAGGAUAAUCAGCGAUGCCACCCAAAUAUGACCGAAAGAAAGAGACCCAACGAACCGAAAGUAGAUCCAAUUUGGUGGGAAAAUUUACGACCUCUGUAAAGAAAUUCGUGCAAGAAGUGGAAUAUGAUCACACACGAGAAGGAACCAUACAAACUAACGAUCGCGUGCGUACAGUCACCACCAAGAUAGGCGAAUCGUAUAAUACGGUAAAAAGUUCUCUGACCACCCUUCACGAAAGAUACGACUCAUCGAAAGCCGAAAGAAAUGUUUUGAGAAGAUAUCAACUGUUGAAGAAUAUGAUCAAAGAUGUCAUCCAACUCGAUACUCAGUAUUGGGUAUUACUGGAUGUCCCUCGACAAGAGAAACAGGAGCAGGUGACCACUUACGUCCUAAGAGCUUGCGCCGCACUAGAGAAAGCAGCAGAAACGAGAGAACCCGGCAAAAGUCCAGCACAGAAACAAGCCGAGGAAGAAGCUAGAGAAAGAGAAAGGAAAGCUCGUUUCGAAGGUUUAAGUGUUCAAGAAGUGGAAGACGAAAAUAUCCAACUGAUUAAUGAUCUUUAUCGCCUGUUAAAGAAAUAUUCCAAUCUAAGGAACAUCAUACACAUACUGAACGUGGCGUAUAGAGACUCAAAAUCAUAUCCAAUCAUACCUCGCUACACGAUGUUGAAAGAAAUGGUUAAAGACGUAUUUCGUGAUCCCGAUUACAUGGAAGUAUGUCACGAAGACGUACGAUAAGAGCCAUUGUCGUUAUAAUGAGUGUGGACCAGUUCUCAGGUGCUAAUUGUGUUUCGCUGUAAUUGUUGUGCUAGAUAUUAUAUAACUGUACUGCCAUUUUUUGUGGAACCAAAUUAUAUAACAGACGAGCUCCAGUCUUACCCUGAAUUUACACGGAUCGAUCAUUUCUCGGUAUACAUGUAAAAAAAAGAAAAACACUAUUCGGACCAUUCAAUCAUACGCCGAACCAAUAGAAAGUAACGUUAAAUGGAGUUAAAUCGGGGUAUGACUACGCAUCGUCUUCUAUAUACAUACAUUAUAUAUGUGUCUACACAAAUAUAUAUUAUAUGUAUAGAGAGGAAACAUAUCACGUAACGAAUUUUUAUUUUUUAAAAAAUCAAAUAAUCGAGCGUGCGUAAUUUGUUAUUUUAAAGUGUCGAUGUUGUAAUUUUAUCAAAAAAACAAGAAUAUAUACGAGGAGGAAAAAAAUGGAUGUAUAGAGUUAGAGCGCAACAAGUUUUUAUUCUCGAGUUUUAUCUGUAAUUUUAUCCGCGAGCUAAAUCUACAACAAAUUAUAUACACACACACACACACACCACAAACACAACAAACAAGCAUACAGCAGAGUGAUGAGUCGAUUUGAUCCUUUAUCGUUGGUUUCUCUGCUGAAUUCAUUUAUAAUAUUUUUUUAUUGCAAAUUAUGUUGUCGAACUUGUAAAGAAUUAUUUAAAAAGGGUGCCGUUUCGUUCUCUCCGUUGUAUAACUAUAAAACAUAUGUUUAACUGUUCAUGUAUUAUCUAUGCAAGCUCCACGAACGAAUCUCGCCUUCUGUUCUUUGAAUUUUCUUGCUAUAUUUGUGUAUAUCUACGGAAUUUGGAUUUAAAAUGUUGUUUUUAAUCGUAAAAGCCAACAUUCCAAGUUGAAUAAUUGUUAAUACCCGGAAAUAAAAUGGCGGAUGCGGAGAGAAGUGUUGCCAGUUUUAAAUGUAGGGGAAAAAAUGGAGCCUUUCUUUUCAAGUUUGAAAUAUUUCACUUAUGUGAUAAAGGAUCAAAGUGUCGUUAUAAUAUACAUAUAUAUAUAGACUAUAUAUAUACACGUUGUUAUUAUUUAGUAGCCACGAGCUAUGCUUUUAUUUCUUAUUAAAAAACAAAAAGAAGAAAAAAUUGCGAUAAAUCGCGCGAAAGAUCAUCGGAUUCGCUUGUUCUUCAUAGACAUGUCCUAUAUGAAAUAUGGAUAUUGUAUGCUUAUUUGUAAUAAGAAAGUUGAAAAUGAAUAAAAGUCGAUAUUACAUUCGUGACGUUUCCGUAAAAAAAGGAGAGAAUACGGCGCCAUUUUCGUGUCCUUGUCAGUAAUAGUGUUAAUUGUCAACGCGUGAUGUCGCUGCUAUUAGUAACACGGCGGGUCGUUAAAGAUUUCUAGGGAUUAAUGGGAUAAAUUGAAGAAAUUCGGGGAUUAAGUUUUUCAAUUUACACCGAAAAUCGUCCGGUGUCAGGCGCUUGGAAAAAUAAUGCGAAAUUUUUUCAAAUCUUUUAGUUAUAAAACAAAAUAGAAUUAGGUUUUGUUUUUUUUAGUGAUUCCUUUAGCGUAUUUAUUCCGUUAAUUAAUUUACGGUUUUAAAAUUAAGAUAUCUUCGAGCUAUCGUAACGUGGUUUGAGUAAAAGAGGGGGAAAAAUUGUUUUUAAUACAAAAUUUAAAAUUAGCAAGACCAAAAAUAGGAAAAACCUUCAAGAAUUUGAAUUUUUAUCAAUCGAUUUUUUACAUCAUU